GAAUAUUAAAUCAAACAAGCAGCGAUGAUCUACGGUAAACAUUCAGCUCAACCACCUAAACCACGAAAGUCUUAUCAAAUUAAUUUACGUCAAGUUCUACAGAGUUGAAAAUGUAUUGCGCUUGGGGGUGUGUACAUUAUCACUAUGCAAUAAAAACGUUCGGAAUACGUAUAUCAUACAGAAACCUACACAUUGCUGAUACAAAUACUAAUCCGAAAGCAAACCGGCUAGGCUAGAGCAAAACAACAACCUGUUGCCGGAUAAACGCGACUAAACAUCCCGAAAAUAUUCAGUUCCAGUCCGAGUGUGUAGCAAGUCACAACGUUCUCGCUAACGCUAGCCAACCAUCGCCAUAGAGUUGCGGUUUCACCUCCAUUUGGCUUUGAUACUGAUUCUGCUGGUCAGUAGUAAUAAUUUCCGAACCAUGAAGUCGUUUGUCGCGGUGCCCGAAAACAGUGACUUUCCUAUCCAGAAUCUGCCGUACGGUGUUUUCUCAACCCAGGAGGAUUCCCGCCACCGCCUGGGAGUCGCUAUCGGAGAACACGUUCUGGAUCUUGGGGCUGUUAAGAGCCUCUAUCCUGUGCAGUAUCAUGAUGCCCUAACAUCAACCGUUCUUAAUCCGCUCAUGUCUCUUGGCUAUGAGGCAUGGAGCGAAGUUCGCCGCAUAACACAGAACCUGCUACAGGAGGGUUCUGAGCUCCACAAGAACACGAAUCUUCAGCAAGCAGCGCUCGUUCCACAAUCGUCCGUCCAAAUGCAUUUACCGGCCAAUAUUGGUGAUUACACUGAUUUUUAUUCGUCCAUCCACCACGCAACCAACGUUGGAAUCAUGUUCCGUGGCAAAGACAAUGCCCUUAUGCCGAACUGGAAGCAUCUACCCGUUGGAUACCACGGUCGAGCCAGCUCUGUGGUCGUAUCGGGAACACCAGUUCGUAGACCACUCGGCCAAACUCUGCCCGUUGAUGGAGCGGAUCCAGUGUUCGGGCCAUGCCGUUUGUUCGAUUUUGAGUUGGAAAUGGCAUUCUUUGUCGGAGGCCCUCCGACUGAGCUCGGAACACGUGUCACAACCGAAGAAGCGGCCAAACGUGUCUUUGGAUUUGUGCUAAUGAACGACUGGAGCGCUCGAGACAUUCAAAAGUGGGAAUACGUUCCGUUGGGACCGUUCACGGCGAAGAAUCUUGGAACGACUAUUUCACCAUGGGUCGUUCCAGUAGCUGCCCUCGAACCAUACAAAGUGGACAAUUUUCCACAAGACCCACAACCAUUCCCGUACCUGCGGCACGAGCAAAAAUUCAACUUCGACAUCAAGCUGGAAGUGGACAUCAAACCCGCUAAAGGUGCCUCGACUACCGUCUGCCGAUCCAACUAUAAAAACCUGUAUUGGACAGCACUGCAACAAAUCGCGCAUCACACUGUUACCGGCUGUAACCUGAAGCCGGGUGAUUUGAUGGCAUCGGGAACGAUCAGUGGCGACGCGUCGGACUCAUUUGGAUCGAUGUUAGAGUUGAGCUGGAAGGGCACUAAACAGGUGCAACUAUUAGGUGGAGAAAGUAGGAAAUUUUUACAGGACAACGAUGAAGUGGUGAUUCGUGGACACUGCCAGAACGAUGAAGUGAGAAUUGGCUUCGGAACGUGCACCGGAGUCGUCCUGCCAGCAAAACCAUUCGAAUAGGAAUAUGGUGCACAUAAAAUUGUUACCUUUUUCAAAUGGAAUAAAAAAAUACAUUUUAUGCGGAUGUUGAAUUUCUAUUUCAACAUUUUUGUA